GAUUUAAAACGGGCGAAUCUAAUCUAAUCUAAAAAACACUAAAUGUUUGCUAAAAUGAUUGCAAUUAUUGCAUGCAGACAGGAGCUAGCUAUAGCUAUAUUUGUGGAAACCCAUCGCACUUUAGUUUGUAAAUGUGACACUAGUCGCUGCUAAAACGUAUUUUAUGUGGUACGAGUGUAAAGGUUCACUGUCACUUGUUUCUUCAGGAGGUGCAAAUAAAUGCUGUGGAUGAAUAAAUUUACUAUUGGUCUGUGAUUGGCAGUUGCAUAAAAAGUGGGAACUAAGGCUGGUCUGGUCACAAAGGAUCAAUCAGGAUUGUCUUGUUCACUGAUUGUUCUCACUAUACAAAUAUGUUGAAGAAUGCCAGUGGAAAUACAUUUGUUGGUGGUAGCUCUGGACAAGCAGUUGUUGUAACAGAUGCCUUGAAAGAGUUACAUCAAAUGAUAUAUAAUAUACAAGAAGAAAGGAACCGAAGUGCAGACAAUCUAAGUAAUAUCAACAAAACACAUGAGAAGAUGCGUCAUGAAACAAGAGUAUCUGCGUACUUUAAAAGUAAGCUAAAAAGUUUAUAUAAGACUGCUAUUGCAGAUGCGAAAACUGAAUCAGAACUAAUACAGAAAGCAAUGGAAAAAAUUUUAGAAAUUAAACGUGCCAGGAAUGAAAGACGAGGAAGUGGGAGCAACUUGUCAAGCUUAGGUAAACAUUCGUAUCAGGAUGAACCUAGAAAAGGAAUGCGUAGGGGUGUGUUAAUGUCCAUGUUGCAACAAAAUGCUGUUCAUCUUCCAAUUUGGAAUGGUCGAGCUGGUGAAACACCUGCACCGUUAUGUGGCGCCAUGCCGGCUGAUUCGAGUUACAUCUGUAGGCCAGGAGAUCAUGUCGCUGCACGUGUGAAAUACCCAGAAGAAGAGGAGCAGUAUAUUUUGGCAGAGGUUGUGUCAUACAAUGCAAGCUUAGGAAAAUAUGAGGUGGAGGAUAUUGAUUAUUCAGAGGAGGAGGGAAAAAAUGAAAAAGAACGACACAAUUUAAGUAGGCGUAGGAUCAUUCCAUUGCCUUUAUAUAAAGUUGAUCCACAACAGAACCCAGAAGGUUUAUUUCAAAUGAAGCAACUUGUGUUGGCGUUAUAUCCACAGACCACCUGUUUUUAUAAAGCUGUUGUUCAUAGCGUGCCUAAAACCAAGGAUAUGGAUUAUGUUGUCCUUUUUGAGGAUACAUCAUAUGCUGAUGGCUAUUCUCCUCCAUUAAAUGUACCACAGAGAUAUAUUGUGGCUCCUAGAAAAAGAUAA